AGACGACGUCGCUUCGUACUUCGGUCUGCAAAAUAGUAAAUAGUUGAUCAGCGUGAUUCUGAAUCCUUCCUUCUGUCUCGCAUCGCAUCUGGUACAAGAAUAAUUUUCCAAAGGGUCAAAUUGCAAACAGAGACUCGCGUAGAUCCAUUUUUCUGAUCAUCAAUGGGUUUGUGGGAAGCCUUUCUCAAUUGGCUCCGAAGCCUCUUUUUCAAGCAGGAAAUGGAGCUAUCUUUGAUAGGACUUCAGAAUGCUGGAAAGACAUCACUUGUAAAUGUUGUCGCGACUGGUGGAUAUAGUGAAGACAUGAUCCCUACGGUAGGAUUUAAUAUGAGGAAGGUGACAAAAGGAAAUGUCACCAUAAAGUUGUGGGAUCUUGGAGGUCAACCUAGGUUCCGCAGUAUGUGGGAGCGAUAUUGUCGUGCAGUUUCUGCUAUUGUCUAUGUUGUUGAUGCUGCUGAUCCAGACAACGUGAGUAUCUCAAGAAGCGAGCUGCAUGAUUUGCUGAGCAAAUCCUCACUUAGUGGUAUCCCGUUGCUAGUGCUGGGAAACAAGAUUGACAAGCCGGGAGCUCUGUCUAAGCAGGCUUUGACUGAUCAAAUGGAUCUCAAGUCAAUUACUGAUAGAGAAGUUUGUUGCUUCAUGAUCUCGUGCAAGAACUCGACAAACAUCGAUUCAGUAAUUGAUUGGCUUGUAAAGCAUUCCAAAUCGAAGAGCUGAGGUGGUUUUUUCUUUCUUUUUGGGUUUAUUUUGGGGUUCUGUGUCAUAAUUUCUCUUUGGUGGUGGUUUUGUCUUUGAUUGCUGAUUGUUUUAUUGCGGUAUUUUCCUCUGAGAUGUGUAAGCUACUAUAUAUUUAUUACAUUUAGGCCAGCGUCCUGCCGAGCGAAUCACGUACUGCAUUGAUUUUGCAGAAGGGAAGACGAUAGGACAAGUUGUGAAUGAUAAACUAGAAGGGUGUGGUUGUAACUUCUCUACAUAAAUUCCAUGACCCGCGUUCCUUUUGAGCUAUUA